GCGUCUCACUCUUGUUCAUGUCAUCAUAAAAUCAAUGCUUCUGGACUUGUAUGCAUAUUUCAGUAUAUCUCACCACAGUCAAAUAAAUAGAGUAAAAUAGAUAGUGAUAACAUCAACUGUAUUUAAAUAUACAAAAUGAAGCAAAGUAGGCCUGUCAAAAAGAAGAAAAAAGAGAUGACAUGGGCUGAAGCAGCUACAGAGGUAUUGGAGCGUAGCACCAGCAAGAUCCUAGGAGUUCGUCAAAUUCAAGAAAAAAUAUUUGAUUUAAAAUUGAAGGAUAUUAAGAUGACAAAGCAAUCAGAAAAUGUUCUGAAAACAAUGUUGACGCAUCAUGCGAAUAUAGAAGAUUGUCCAUUUUAUAAAGUCAAGGAUAAAAGUAAUCAUUACGCUUUAAAAAAAUCUCACAUGUAUUUGCAGGAUGCAGAUUCAGAUUCACCAAUUGAUAUUAAUGAAGAUUCUAAUACAUCUGUGAAUUCUGUGAAGAGAAAAUCAAAACGAAAAGCUUCUCCAUUAUCGAUUGUAGAUGUGAAAAGCAAUGACACACAACUGAUGAAAAAAUCGAUAACCAAUAAGGUUAUCGCAGGAGGAAUGACAAGAAGAUCAAACUCCUACACUGGAAGUGCAUUACGCAAAGCACAAUUGCUAUCCAGGAGAAGAACGUCAUCACCGAAUGUUAUGUCAUCUUCAGCACAUUCAAAUCUUCGCAGUCGGGCUCAACUUCAAUCUGUCCACAGAAGUCGAUCUGUAAACUGUCUCCAAAGAUCACCAAAUCCUGGUUCAAAUAAUAAAUCUCGCAAUAUGCCAAUGAUAGAUCUUGAGACACCUGGCAGUGUGCUGACCAAUACACGAUUAAAGAGCGUGGUCAACAGUGCAACAUUCUCAAUGUUACCAGCUAUAUAUCAAUAUCAACUCGUUCAACUAUUACCAGACGUCGACAGAGUUGUAGAUGAAAAUGGUGUUCCAAGAAUGAGUCAAAAUGCAUUGAGCAAUGAAUUUUUUUCUCAGGCGCUCAUGGAUUGGAUUACUCAGUUAUCAGAUGGAGAAUUUACUCGUGAAACUCAGGCUCGAAUUAUGCAAGAAAUUGCCAAAGAGAGAAGUAAAGUUAAUCCCUGGAAGGAAAAGUUUUUCGAAGAGUAUUACGGGCAAAAAACUGAACUGAAACGCACUCGAAGCAGAAGUCAUGAUGCAACUUCUAAUCUGACAGAUCUAAGUUUUGAGGGUCAACUAGCAAAAUUUGAUCACCUUCGUAAUGCUGUAGAUGAAGAACAAACAAAAAUAAAAGAAGAAAACGACAAAAUCAUAUCUGUAGUUUCUGGCUCAGAUUCUGAUGAAGAUCCUGACUAUGCAGAAUCAAAAUCAAAUCCCAGAACUACCAUAAAACCUAUCGUUCAAAAUCCACCAUUAAAACAUAUAAACAGACGGAAAAUAAACAAACCCUUUAAAAGGACAAUGGUCAAUUCGGCUGGUGACUAUAGUCAUAGCACAUCCAUGAUACACAGAAAAGCGAUUCCGUUGCAUUCAACUACCUCCUUGUUCAGUCAUUUGGGUUCAAAUAUCGCCGUUAAGUUUAAACCUCAAGCAUCGUUACCGCAUCAUCCCAACUUUCAAAUCAGGGACGAAUUUUAUCGAAGCGACAGUGAAGCAUCAGAUACAGGUGAAUUAUCCGACAGUAAUUCAUUUCAUCAACACGAUGAAUCUGAUUGUGAUGAUGAUGACGAUGAAUCAUCAGAUGGAUUGAUGAAUGUAGGGGAUGAUAAUCUCAUGGAUGUAGAUUCUGAUUCUGAUCAAUUCGAUCCUGAAUGUGUUACUGGAGAUCACUCAUACACGAGGUUACCUGAUUUGAAUACAGUGAGAAGAAGGUCAAGUGAUGACAGAGAUUGGCGAAGACGACAGUUGCAAGGAUUGGCAAGUGUCAAACCUGUUAUGUCAACGGAUGACAACAAAAUUCAAUCAUCAACACAAAACACAACAUUGAUUCUUCGACCAAAGGGAAAUCUGGAACAGACAGUCCAAGCUAUGAAUUAUAGUGAAGAUAGCAGUAGUACAAGCCCAGAACAGCCAUACAAAAGAUUGACCAAAGAUCAGCCAAUGUUUGGAAAAAUCCUCACUGUUUCUAAAGAGAAUACAAGUAAAGAAGAAAGAGUAGGAGUGCUGUUUGGUCGUAAUCUUCAACCAACAGCUAACACAUACCAUGGUGAAUCUAUUAUUCCACGAAUAUCUGUUACCAGUGGUUUGUUGUCCAGUCCAAUUAUACCAACAACUGUAUGUACAUCGACCACACCUGCAAGACAUUCAGAACAACACAAAACUAAUGUUGUGAGUCCCAAGUUGACUUGCCACAUUAGAUCAGAAGACGCCACAACUUUGAAAACUAAUAAAAACAACAAUAAUGCAAUGGUGGCUGGUGGUGGCGUCGCUACUUUACCAAAGAAACCUGAAAAUGAAAUCCAAUUGAAGACUAGGACCUCAAAUGUUGAAAUUGUGAAAGGAGGCAGCGGACAAGCCACAAUGCCAGCUGUCUCGAAUGUCGAACAAAUUCAGAAAAAUGCCAUUUCAAAUAUGAAUAAGACUUCUUCAAUAAAUGAGUCACUGAAACCAAUUAAUGACUCUGGUAAGGUUUCAAACAAUGAAGAUUGUUCACCGCCAGUGACCUUGAAACAAAGUCCUGUUCCAGUGACACCAGUAGAGAUUCCUUCAAGUACCCCUGGUGAAGUACACAAUGAAGAAAGACCCAGUAGUCCUGUGCUUUCUGCUGCAAAGAAUUUUCCACCUAAACCAUCCCCUACAAAAUCAGUAACUGAAACGUCAAAAUUAUCUCCAGUACUAGCAGGUGUCCAAGAUAGAAAACGACCUGCAUCAUCUCCUGCAACUUCGAGUCCUGUGAAACGCACACGAACACUGGCUGAAAUUAAAGCGCAAAUGAAAGCCAAAAGGUUGGCAGCUGCUUCUGGUAGCCCGGUCAAAACUACUGUACCCUCACAAACUUGUGCAUCAAAAAUGCCAGUAAAAAUAGCUCAGCCUGUAUUUUGUCCAACUUCAACAAAGUCUCUGUCAACUACUAAAAUCGAGGAUAAAUCUUCACAAGAAUCGUCUGAAAUUUCUGAUAUUUCAUCAAAAACACAUAUUCCUGAAAACUGCCCACCAAUGUUUGCUGGUGCCAUACCAGAAACUGGUUUUUCUACCGAAACUGAAUCUUGUCCACCUACUACAGAGGCACCAGUUACAGAUGUGUCUGACAAAUCUCCAAUCUUGAAGAAAUGUGCUCAAAGUGCAGAAUCUUCACCUAAGAAUCCUGGGAAAAUUAUUUUAAAAAUCAAGGCCCAAGAAGGCAAAAAAUAUUCUGUCAAAGUUGAUACAAGAAGUUCAACACCUGAUAAAACUUCAGAGUCUGACGAAGAUUCAAAAUCGAUAAUUAGAAAAAGCAGACGUUUGAGUCAGGUUAUAUCAUCAUCAGGUGAAAGUGGUGAUGACUUGGAAAAAUCAAACGAUCUGGGUGGUAGUGAUCCAAGAAUGAUCGACAGUUACGCUAUGUUAAGUCAACUCUCUCUCCCUGGUAUGUACACGGGCAAAGUUGUGUCAGUAAUAGACACUCAUUUAUUAAAGAGGACUCAAAAAUCUCCUGUUUUUGGGGAACCAGCAUUUGAAAGUAUGUCAUCUCUUACAAAAACAAUAACACCUUCGCUCAGUGUGACUGCUAACUCAUCUGAAUCAUCCAAUACAAAAUGUCAGCCUUUCAUAUCAGACAAACCUGUGAUAGGAUUUCAGGACAUACCAUCUUGUACUGCUUUGUCAUCUUCAAAUGCACCAACUUUCGUUCAACCAUGUACUACAAUUUCUGCUACUAAAGAUACUCAAAAAUAUAGAUCUACUAGUAAAGGUAAAAGUCUAAUUCAGAUGCAAGAACUUGCUAGAACGAAUCAAAUUCCAUCUGAUGAUUCUGAAAAUGUCGAUUCUGAUACGGAAGAUUCUGUUGUAUCUACCACAUCAUCUGCUGAGGAGGAUACUACUUAUGAAAAUGAUCAUGGUUAUGAAAACUUGAAACAUGAAGAAAGGGAAACUCCAAAUAAGCCUAACUUGCGUAAUCGAUCUGUCAUUGAUAAUGAAAGACCAACUGAUAAGAAUAUAGAACGAGACUUUUCAAAUUUAAAACAAGGUGCUAAGCAAGUGAAAAAUGAGGAAUCUGACUAUGAAGAUUCAUAUUCAUCGUCAUCUAACGAUGAUAAACCAAUUAUCACUGAUUGCAUAUGUGCGUGCAAAAGACUAGUUUUGUGCAAAGGAUGUGGAGCAUACACACAUGAAGAGUGCUUAAGUUCUUCAAAGCUAUGUUCUCUUUGUUGUGUGUAAGUUUUUGUCUCAUUAAUUUUUUUUCUGCUAACAGAUAAGUUUUUUUUUAUAGAGUUGUGUCUUUUCAAAAUUUAUUGCCAGUUUUUCUUCAGCUAUAUUGUUUCUAUAUUUUUUUUAAUACCAAGUUAUCUGAUGUUGAAAUAUCUUACUCUAUUCAGGGUAUUUGCUUUGUGCAAAAUGUUAUACCCAUUACAUCACAUUGCAGGACUUAUCCUUAUCAGUGGUAACUUUACGUUUUAUUUUCGUCGGAUAAUGCGAUAUCUGAUAUUAUUUUUUGUAUUUGCACAUCAUUUUUUGAUUAAUUCUGAAAUGCAGGUUCUUUGUGAAAUUGGUAUAUACCUGGCUUGAUGAUGAUUUAUGUCAUAUUAAUUUAAGGAAAGGAAUCAGGUUUUCCUGGAUAACGGACUUCUACUAAAUAAUAUUAAUUUCAAGGCUCAACUAUUAUCUAUACCAAGGAUGGCGAACCACUGACCCGCACAAAGUGACCCACCGCGUUUUAUUCGUGACCCGCCAAGGCACGAAUAAAAUAAAAUUCUAACAUAUCAGUGAUAAAAAUUGAUAAAAUCGACCUUAAAUUAAUCCAACAAUAACUAAACGAGAAUAUCGGUCGAAGACCGACGACUUAUCGAUUGAAAGUUAGGAGAUCCUCUAAAACAGAAACCGCGGUAUCGAUUCAUUCGAUAUGACUCCAUAGCAACACCGUGUGUCCCAUCACUAAUUAAUCAAUAACUCGCUAAUUAUACGACAUACAUCCAAAAUCAAUAGGCUUAUGGUACGAGAUAUGAUGAAUGCACAUGCAAAAUUUGAAGCAGAUUCAUGAG